ACGUGUCGUCUGCCUCCUAGGAUCUUGAAUGUUCAGUCUGAUGCGGCAAACGGCCAAAAACCUUCGUAACAAAAGCGGGUUGGAUUUUGCAGGCAAAGCUGAGUCUUUUGCCCCAAUCAAGUGCAGGCUGAUCCAGCGAGGCCAAGUCCAAUCCAUCGAACACGUUUCACCAUUCAAUUAGCCCAUCGAAAAACUUUGACUUUGUCUCUCCCUUAUCCAAUCUACUCUUGCCACGUAAUGUUCUGUUGCGUCCCUAAAUUACGAAAGCUGAUCUCGCACCCUCAAAGUUUUGCCCUUUUUUUCGAUACCUAAUCGAUCAUCACAAUUUCAUAAAAUUUCAAUGGAGUGUGAGGUUCAUGGUGAUGUUAAUGGUGGCAUGGUACUGAAUUCGGUCCAAGUGGAGGCUAUUAGCGUGGAAAAUGAAAAUGAAACCGGAGAAAAUCCUGUUGAAGGAGCUUUUCAACAGGGUCUUAAUGAAAAAUUGGAUCCAACUUCUCGUGGAAUGGUUGAUAUCCCAGAGGGUAUUCCAACUGAUGAGCCUUAUGUGGGUCAGGAGUUUGAGUCAGAGGCAGCUGCACAUGCAUUUUAUAAUGCAUAUGCUACAAGGGUGGGAUUCAUCAUUCGUGUAAGCAAACUUUCCCGUUCAAGGCGUGAUGGAUCUGCUAUUGGUAGGGCACUUGUUUGUAACAAAGAGGGUUUUAGAUUGCCUGACAAGCGAGAAAAAAUUGUGAGGCAAAGGGCAGAGACGAGGGUUGGAUGCAGGGCAAUGAUUUUGGUGAGGAAAGUAAGUUCUGGUAUAUGGGUUAUCUCAAAAUUUGUGAAGGAGCACACUCAUCCUCUGGCACCUGGAAAAGGUCGGAGGGAUUGCAUUUAUGAUCAAUACCCGGUCGGUUUUCACCCUCUGCUCAUGUCUGUUGAUAUAUAUUCUUCCACUAUAUCUGUUAGUGAGUCGAGGUUGAUUAUUUGCAUGGUUGAAAUGUUUUUUUAUAGAAUCUCCAGGUUAGGAGGUAGGAGUAGCUCGAAUUACAUGCAAACAGAUGUUUUCCAGACUGUACAUGUAUUUACACUUAGAUUUACUGAACUUUAAAAUAUCAGUUUACGUUCUUUUUUAGUUUGGAAAAGGUAAAUAACCCCUAGGGUGAAGUGUUUUCUUUUACUUUUGUCUGAAUAUCUAUGACCUCCUUGCUAAAAAUAAAUGAUGAUGGAUCUAAAGAAAUGAAGAUGAUAGUUUGUAUUAGCCUGGGCCAGUUCCUUCUUGUUGAUUGAAAAUUGAACCUUUUUUCUAGUUGGGGAUGAAGAUGUUUAACAAAUGGUGUGUAGAGGGAGAGAGGGUGGAAGAAUGUGUAUAUACUAGAUUCCUAGAAAAUGCAGAGCAUUUUCAUUGUGUUUGAUAAGGGGAUCCUUGACAACUAGCAUGUAAAUGGCUUUGAUUUGUUAUCUUUGCAUACUUUGAAUUAAGGUGGUUUUAACUUUUAAGUCCUAUUCAAAGACACUGAUUGUGAUCUGCUGGGCUAAUAAUGACAUCUAUUAAAUAAUGAUGAUAUAAGUUAUAUCAGAAAUAGCAGAACAUGGACAGGAAAUAUCUGGUCAAAUUGCUUCUAUUAAAAUGCGGUUGUGCUUCUUUAUUUAAGUUGUAGUUUAUGCAUGUUUUUUCGUUGUAGGUUUCUAGCAUAACCAUCCAUGCCUAUUUCUGUUGGUGUUGUUCAUCUUUCUUUGAAAUUGGAAAUAAUCUGAAAAAUAUUCUCACAUAAUAACACUUUCGAAAAGAUAUGUGUUAACUGUGAAAGUAGUAUCUUAAAUAGCUGGUUAUCUUUUCUGCUUAGCAGGAGAUUGUUAAAGUGCUCUUAAUAUAAAUUAUGGUCCAAUGUUAAGUGAUAUUUAGUGGGAUUAAGUGUAAGAAAUAAUGGAUGAAUUGAUAAAACAAAAUGCAUAAUUUAAAUGAAAUUUGCUUCUAAUUUGGCUUUUUAUGGCAACUAAUAUAAAGUUCAGAAUUGCUAUUAUAAACUUCUAUUGAAAUGAGAAUAAUGCGCUUAUAGUGGCCUAGGUCUUUCUCAGAAUGUACAGAAUAUGUUACUGUUAUUGCUGAUGAUUCUGAUAUAGCUUUGGUACAACACAUGUCUUUAAACUAUUGAGGUAAGUCCAGAAUGCCACUGCAAGAGUGAAAUUUAAUGAAGUGAAAGUGCUUGGAAAUAGGUCUGCUUUAAAGGGCGGCAUUGAAGCUCUUUCUUGUUAUUAAUCGCCAUCCCACAAUAUAUGGUCUCUUUUGAAUUUUCGUGAGUUCUUAGAACACAUAAUUGCUACCAGGGAACUCUACAUUUGAUUAGACUUCAAAAAGGUCCAUUGAUAAUAACU